UGCUCGUAAAUUCGUAGUACAUUUUUGUCAGAUCUCGAUGACGAGACGUUGUGAAUUCGCACCGAUUACAUUUCAAUCGCUAUAUGGGUGUUCUAUAAAAUACUAGUUGUUGAAUAUGUUCUGACAAUGAAUAUAGGCAUCACAUUUUCAAUGCGGUACCGCAACGCGGUAAAUUCUACUUUGCAAGCACGGUGUGAGAUAUUUUAUCUUACAGGAUGUUUGCAGGUCUCUACGUAUUUCGUAUGUACCGAGACUGUCACAGUUGGCGAUUUCCUCGACGCUGAUUGGUGGCGCUAUCUAACACGAAAGUUGAAACUUGAUCACGACGAAAAGUAUUCUGUGGCUAUGGUGAACUGAAUGUUCGAGCCUCGCAAUCGUGUUUGAUAUAAAGCAGGAUACAAAAUGAGCGGUAAAAUGCCGGGAGUCCUCCGAGUCACGUGGCAUCCUCUGCAGACGAUUUUACGGGGGCUCAACUGCCGUAUAGCAUCAGUAACAAAAAUGCACAGGAAGACGUACGAGAGAAUGUAUCCAACCAUAGUCGUUCUGCCCGAUGGAAGUAGUAUAAACAUAAAAUAUCAUGAGCCUAGACAUAUAAUAAAACUGCCUCUAAAUUUAGCUACUUUAACAGAAGCCGAACGAAAGUUAAGGCUCUUGGCGCGUAAACCAAAAACUGUAAUCAAAAUGGAAGAAGAUAUCGAUGAUGACGGUUUUGACGCAAAAAGGUAUCUCAAAUUCGUUAAAAAAUAAACCUAUUUGGGAUCCGUUGUGAUUUAGAUUCUGAUGUAAAUUAUUCUGUAUGUUUAACAAUAAAACUCAAAAUCAAAA